UGCAGAUGCUGCUCUGUGUGACGGACCUCUUGCUGUGCGGCUGAGACGACGCGGGCGGCAGUGGAGAGAGGCAAACUUCCCACAGCCCACAGGUCAGAGAUGGAGACACCUGGAGAGCAGCAGCUCCAUUUGUCCCCGGACGCUCCAGCGGAGCCGGCAAAGUCAGCAGGCGACCAUCUUUUCGAGAUUCGGAAUGAGUUUGUGAAGAGGGUGUCAGGAGAAAUUCUUAAACAGCUUGUAGACGCCCUCGAAUCAGACGGUGUGCUCAGUGAUUUUGAGAAAGAGGAGAUCCUUCAUACCAACAAAACCCGAGCAGAUCAGGCACGAUGCUUCAUAGACUCCAUCAGGAAAAAAGGAGAGGGCGCCUGCAGAGAGAUGAUCAGACAUUUUCAAGCCAACGAUCAAGUACUGUCCUCUGACCUGGGUCUGCCCCCUGCUUCAUCUCCUCAGGAAGCUAGCUGUGUGAAGAGGAUUCAGCCCGACUUUGUGAAGAGGGUGUCAGAAGAAAUUCUUAAACAACUUUUGGACGCCCUGGAAUCCAAAGGUGUCUUCAGUCUUUCAGAGAAAGAGGAAAUCCUUCAGACGAACAAAACCAGAGCAGAUAGGGCACGAUGUUUCAUGGACGCUGUCUGGAGAAAAGGAGAGACCGCCUGCAGGGAGAUGAUCAGACUUUUUCAAACCAAAGAUCCAGUACUGUCCUCUGAGUUGGGUUUGUCCUCAGGUUUCUUUCCUCACAAAGUGUCCCUUCAAACAUGUCAGCCAAAACUCAAAUUUAGGCUGCAGAAGAAGUUCCAGCGUGUGUUUGAGGGGCUUGGUAAAGUCGGACACCAAACCCUCCUGAAGAAGAUCUACACAGAGCUCUACAUCACAGAGGGGGGGACUGGAGAGGUCAACGAUGAACAUGAAGUCAGACAGAUUGAGGCAGCAUCCUGGAACCAAGACAGAGAAGAAACAACCAUCAGACAAGAAGAUAUCUUUAAACCCCGAGAUGAUGAGGGAACAAUCAGAACAGUGAUGACGAAGGGAGUGGCUGGCAUCGGGAAGACGGUCCUUACCCAGAAGUUCACCCUGGACUGGGCUGAAAACAAGGCCAACAAGGACAUCGAGUUGAUGUUUCCAUUCACCUUCAGAGAGCUGAAUAGGAUCAAUGAGGAACAGCUCAGCUUGGUGGAACUAGUUCAUCGAUUCUUUAAUGAAACCAAAGAAGCAGGAAUCUGCCGGUUUGACAAGUUCCAGGUUUUGUUCAUCUUUGACGGUCUGGAUGAGUCUCGAUUUCCUCUGGGAUUCGAGGAAAAUGAGACCAUGACUGAUGUUACAAUGCCCGCCUCGGUGGAUGUGCUGCUGACAAACCUCAUCAGUGGGAAUCUGGUUCCAUCUGCUUAUAUCUGGAUAACCACACGACCUGCAGCGGCUAAUCAGAUUCCCGAUAACUGUGUUGAGAGGGUGACAGAAAUCAGAGGGUUCACUGACGAACAGAAGGAGGAGUACUUUGGGAAGAGAUUCGGGAAUGUAGAGCAGGCCAGCAAGAUUAUCUCCCACAUCAAGAAAUCCCGAAGCCUCUACAUCAUGUGCCACAUCCCAAUCUUCUGCUGGAUCACUGCUUCGGUUCUGGAGAAAGUACAGAAAACCCAAAGGGGAGGAGAGCUGCCCAAGACCCUGACUGCGAUGUACAUCCACUUCCUGGUGGUUCAGACCCAACUGACCGCCAAGUACAGUAAAGGACCUGGGAAGGAUCCAAACAGGAGUCCAGACAGUAGAAGGAUGAUCCAGUCUCUGGGAAAACUGGCAUUUGAGCAGCUACAGAAAGAACAACUGAUCUUCUAUGAGUCCGACCUAGAAGAGAGUGGCAUCGACAUCACAGAAGCCUCAGUGUACUCUGGAGUGUUCACACAGUUUUUUAGAGAGGAGUGUGGGAUGUACCAAGACAAGGUCUUCUGCUUCAUCCAUCUGAGUGUUCAGGAGUUCAUGGCUGCUCUCCAUGUCCAUUUGACCUUCUUCAAUUCUGGAGUCAACCUGAUGAGGGAACAAUCAACCUCUAAAACACAAGCAGAAUCUGCAGAGACGCGCUUCUAUCGGAGUGCUGUAGACGAAACCUUGGAGAGUCCAGUUGGACGUCUGGACUUGUUCCUCAGGUUCCUUUUGGGUCUUUCACUGCAGCCCAAUCAGAAUCUCCUACUACGUCUGCUGACACCAAAAGGAAGUCCAUGUAAUAAUGAGAAGACAAUUGCGUACAUCAAAAAGAGGCUCGGGGAGGAUCUGUCUGCUGAGAAAAGCAUCAAUCUGUUCCACUGUUUGAAUGAACUGAAUGAUGGCUCUCUGCCGGAGGGGAUCCAAAAGCAAAUGACUUCAGGAAAUCUCUCCAAACUUGCACUGUCUUCUGCUCAGUGGUCAGCCCUGGUCUUCGUCUUACUCUCACCAGAGCAGGAUCUGGGAGUGUUUGACCUGAAGAAGUUCUCUGCUUCAGAGAAGGCUCUCCUGAGGUUGCUGUCAGUGGUCAAAGCCUCCAAGAAAGCUCUACUGAGUGGCUGUAACCUCUCAGAGAAAAGCUGGGAAGAGCUGUCCUCAGUUCUCAGCUCUAAGUCCUCCAGUCUGAUAGAUCUGGACCUGAGUAACAACCACCUGCAGGAUUCAGGACUGAAGAAGCUGUCUGCUGCACUCCAGAGUCCACACUGCAAACUGGAAACUCUCAGACUGAGUGGCUGUAACCUCUCAGAGAGAAGCUGUGAAGAGCUGUCGUCCGUUCUCAGCUCUCAGUCCUCCAGUCUGACAGAACUGGACCUGAGUAACAACCACCUGCAGGAUUUAGGAUUGAAGAAGCUGUCUGCUGCACUCCAGAGUCCUCACUGCAAACUGGAAACUCUCAGACUGAGCAUCUGUAACCUCUCAGAGAGAAGCUCUGCAGAUCUGUCCUCAGUUCUCAGCUCUCAGUCCUCCAGUCUGACAGAACUGGACCUGAGUAACAACGACCUGCAGGAUUCAGGACUGAAGGAGCUGUCUGCUGCACUCCACAGUCCACACUGCAAACUGGAAACUCUCAGGCUGUCGGGCUGUAUGAUCACAGAGGAAGGCUGUGCUCCUCUGGUCUCAGCUCUGACCUCCAAUCCCUCCCUCCUGAGAGAGCUGGACCUGAGCUACAACCACCCAGGAGAGUCAGCCAUGAAGCUGCUGGCUGUUGGACUGGAGGAUCCCGACUGGAGACUGAAGACUCUCAGGAUGGAGCCUGCUGGAGCACGGUGGUUGAGACCAGGAGGUCUGAGGAAGUAUUCCUGUGAUCUCACCAUCGACACAAACACAGUAAACAGACACAUUAAACUGUCUGACAACAACAGGAAGAUGACAUAUGUGGAGGAGCAUCAGUCAUAUCCUGAUCAUCCAGACAGGUUUGAUAACUGUCAGCAGCUGCUGUGUAGAGAAGCUCUGACGGGUCGCUGCUACUGGGAGGUCCAGAGGAGUGGAUACGUUUUUAUCACAGUGUCUUACCAGGGAAUCGGAAGGAGCCAAAACGAGAAGGACUGUAUGUUUGGGAAGAACUGCCAGUCCUGGAACCUGGUUUGUGACGAUCGCAGUCGGUACUCCUUCCUUCACAAUGACACAGCGACACCCUCCACUCCUUUGGCCUCUGACAGAGUUGCCGUGUACGUGGACCCUCCUACAGGAACUCUGUCCUUCUAUGAAGUCGUCCCUGACAGGCUGAACCACCUCCAUACCAUCAACCACACAUUCACAGAACCUCUUUAUCCUGGAUUUGGAGUCUGGUUCAGGUCUAGUUCCUCAGUGUCUCUUUGUUGACUUUAGUAUGAAGAGGGACGUCCUGUCAGAGGAACUCAAACCGCCGACACGACUGAACACAAGUUCUGCUGGUAAUCAGGGUUCAUGUUUUAUCUCCUUCACCUCCAUUUCCUGCUAGACCAGGCAGUGGAGGUGGAAAAGAGGAAACCUGGUGUGAACCAACACAUUCCUUUCAUGUUUGUGGAGGAGGAGGAUGAUGAUGAUGAUGAUGAUGAUGAUGAUGAUGAUGAUGAUGAUGAAGAAGAACCAUUCCCUCAUUGUUAAUUUCAGGGUUCAAUUUUAA